CUCAGCAAACUCUGUCAAUGGCUGCUCGCUCCCGCACGUCGUCCCUGCCCCGACGGACCAUCCAGGAUGUUCCUACAUGCGAGAAUAUCAAGCUUUCUAUGAAUGAAUGCAGAAAGGUCGAUGUGCUGGGUCGCGGAUCUUACGGAACUGUGUGGAGAGUAAUGGCUCCAGGCGGAUGCUUCUUUGCUGCUAAGGAAGUUUCCUCAAGUGAUCGGGCAACUGAGCAGCUUGAACAGGAGAUUGCAAUUCUGAGUGAGUUUCAACACGAGAACAUAGUUCGAUAUUACGGCACAGAUAAGGACGAAUCAAAAAUUUAUAUCUUCCUGGAGCUUGUAACCCAGGGAAGCAUAUAUAAACUCUAUUCGACAUUACAUGGCUUAGGAGAAAGUCUCUCAGAUUCUACUGUCUCUAAAUACACAAGACAGAUCCUGCAAGGUUUGAAGUAUCUUCAUGACCAUAAUGUGAUUCACAGGGACAUUAAAUGCGCAAAUAUUUUGGUGGAUGCAAAUGGAUCUGUGAAGCUUGCUGAUUUUGGAUUGGCAAAGAUAACCGAAGGGAACAACAAUCAUUCUUGCCGUGGAACUCCAUACUGGAUGGCUCCUGAGGUUCUUAAGACAACAAACCAAGGUUAUGGGAUUGCAGCUGAUAUAUGGAGCCUUGGUUGCACUGUGUUGGAGAUGUUAACCGGGAAGUUUCCAUACGAUAAGCCAGAAGGGAACCGUGCGUUAUUUAACAUCCUUCUUGGAAAACCCCCUGAGAUUCCUGAUUCUCUCCCGAGGCAUCCACGAGAUUUCAUACAGAAAUGCUUGCAAGUUAAUCCACAUGAUCGUCCCACUGCUAUCGAGCUCUUAAAUCAUCCAUUUGUGCAGGAGGCAAGAAUGACCUACAUACCUGUGCAACAAGUCAAUGAUGCUCACUUCCGUCGUCGUCUCACUUUUUGAUGACGUAUGAGUUAAGGCUACUUGUGAAGGUGUUCUGCGAGUUAAUGUAGGGAUAUCCCUAAGCCCUACGCCUAUGCAUCUGUGGUUUGAUUUGAUUUUCUCCUUUGUGUUUGCCUCUGAUUAGCGGACAUGUGUAACACAUUAUCUAGAUGUUUCUAUUUCCAACCUCCGAACACAGUUUCUAGGCA